AGCAAAGAGCAUAUCAUCCCAGAUCAAAGAUCGUCUUAACAAAUCCCACGAUGCCUUUCUGACAGCACUCAAGCAACUGGAAAUGAAGCACUCGGGACGACUUACUAAGAUCGAAGAGGAGCGGUUGAAACUACGGAAAGUGCAUGCACCGAGAGUUGCCAAGGUUGCGCUUGAAAGCACCUCGCUAAAAGAUGUCAUACUUUAUGGUAUGCCGCAGAUGGGGCGAGAAAUCGGCCGUGGUCAAUACGGAGUUGUCUACUCUUGUGACUCAUGGGCAAGUUACCCCCUGUGCCAUAAAGUCGGUUGUUCCCCCGGACGAGAAACACUGGAAUGAUCUUGCUCUUGAGUUCUUCUACACAAAGAAUAUCCCCGACCAUGACAGAGUUGUUAUGUUACGUGGCUCUGUGAUCGACUACAGCUACGGAAGUGGUACUCCCGCUGUAUUGCUCAUCAUGGAUCGACUACAGAGAGAUCUGUACUCGGCAAUCAAACAAAAUCUGGACUGGGUCUCAAGAUUACAGGUUUCUAUCGAUGUGGUCGAGGGGAUACGGUUUCUUCAUGGUCAGGGCCUUGUUCACAGAGAUAUUAAACUGAAAAAUGUCCUAUUGGAUAAGGACAAUCGUGGGAAAAUCACAGAUCUUGGUUUCUGUAAGCCAGAGGCAAUGAUGAGUGGGAGUAUUGUGGGUACUCCAAUCCAUAUGGCACCCGAGCUGUUUUCGGGAAGAUAUGACAGCAGUGUGGAUGUUUAUGCAUUUGGAAUUCUGUUUUGGUACAUCUGCGCGGGAAGCGUCCGUCUGCCACAGAAUUUCGAACAGUGCGCCAACAAGGAACAGCUUUGGAAUUACGUAAAAAAUGGUUUAAGGCCAGAGCACUUGCCCGUGUUCGACGAUGAAUGUUGGGACCUGAUGUCGAAUUCUUGGGAGUGUGAACCAGCCAAACGCCCGCUGCUCGGGGAAGUGCAUGCUACACUCCAGGGCAUCUACGACAGAUAUCGAAACAAACCAGGCGGACCAACGAAAACAGCGAAAGAAUCCCCACCGAAACCGUUGACCCAAAAGAAUGUUAAAUAUAAAUUGAAGGACAAGAAGUGACUAUCUAACAGUAACAAGGCAGAUGGGAAAACCAAGUGCCUUUAUGGAACCAUUUUUGUCCAUGAUCAAUGACUUUGUGACAGACUUGUCUCAUAAUUUAAGGGUUUCAUGUUCAAAGCAGGGUAAAGGGCUUAGGGUUCUUCCAUUUAAACAUUAGGCACUUUUGAAUUAUAUAACCACCCUUUUGGGGUCCAAAUUAGUGAAAAAAGAUACCCACCCCUAUACUAAGAAAAAAUUGCCUUCACCCUGUGGGGGUAUAUGAAAUUGUAGCCGAUGCAAUUGAUACUAAUUUGUAGGUUUUUUUUCUAAUUUUGAUGCAAGUGUGCAAGCAAAUAUCAGCUGUAAAAAAGUCAUUAGCUCUCGAUUUCAGGGCUCAUCUUGGGCCCGUAUUCACAAAUGCCCAGGGACCAUGAUUACAAACAGUCUCAAGUCAAAGUCUAGACUAAAAAAGCGUUAUUAUGAAGGAACAAAAAAUCAUAUUUAUUACAUUUCUUUUACAAAAAAUAAGUAAAUAAUUGUAAAACAUUCAAAAAGUUAUAUAUUUCAGCAAAAUUCACCAUCAAUGUGUUGAUACUAGGAAAAUCACAAUGAAAUGAUGUUCUGCCAUAAGGAGUCUUGAGUCUUAAAUCUGACAUGAGACUGUUCAUAAUCACUGCCCCUUCCCAUGGCCCCAGGUAAUUUUGGCUUCAAUAACGAUUGAGUUUUGAAUGAGUAUAAACAAGAAACGAGCAUAAGCAACCAUUUACAGUGCUCCUGUUUUCAUUUUUAGUUCUCCAUAACCUCAUAAUUUUAAAUACACGUGACAAUUUUGUUAAUUGGGUUAUGUUUUAAAGGAAGGUAUUAUUGCAAUAUAGACAAUGUAUAACAUAAUGUAUAAUGAGAUUCAAUAUUUUAUUAAAUAAUAUGCACUGAAUUUAACAUUAAUGUGCUUUUCUUCAUUUCAUUCAUGUUUAGAGCUUUGGGCCGAUUGUUCAGAACUUCGAUAAAGUUAACAACAAGAAUUGCCACAUUGUUUUAACUUUUAAACUUUUACAAUAUGAUGAAUUGCUCACAAAUUAAAAUAUGAACAAGUACAGCUGAAACAGUUGUCUCAAAUCUUGUUAGAAAUACAGCAGAUCACAAGUCUAGUAAACGAUUUGAAAGUUCACAACGAGAACAUUAACAACAUUGUUAAAUGCUUUUUAGUAGUAGCUGUGAAAAUCUUAAAUCUGUUGUAUCAUCACAGAUGGUAUUGACUUAUUAGCAUUUGUUUCUUUCUGCUAUGUUUCAUCUUUAAUACAGAAUACAAUUCAUUUCAUACAAAAAUGUUGCAGAAUAAUAAAAAUAUGACAUUAAGCGGAUUUUACGCCUAAAAUCUUUCUUAAACCAGACUCCAGAUAUGUUAUCAAACUUGGCACACAUGGUACCAAAGCAUUCGAAACUCCUCAGCUAUUUUCCAUCAAAAACAACCCCGGAUGAAUGCCAGUUCAUCAGUAGAAGUAGUUUGUAACAUUUUGACGAUGAAAACAUUGACAACAUUGUUAACUUUAACAAAGUUCGAAACAAUUUACCCAGUGUUGGUUUGUUCUAAUAUGCUUGUAGUUCAUCAGUAUUGCACAUUUCAAAAAUGGCAUGAACAAUGACUUUGAAAAACAUAUACAUGUAUGCACCAACUGUUCUAAAUAAUUAUUAUCCCAUUAUUAACCAUUCAUGUAAUUGAGCUGUAAUAAAGGGAAAAGUAUGUUCUUGAGUGGUAAUA